GACCAAUUAAAAAGUAUCAAGCUAUAAUCGAAGACGCUUACAUGCGGAUACUUCAUUCGAAAUCGUAUAAUUUCUAAUACAUCGGUAACAGACAACGUUGAUUUAUUAGAUAUUCACGUUAGCCUCUUCCGAUCGUAUAGAACAACGAGCAAGAUGGGUAAACCUCGUGGUCUUAAAACUGCGCGUAAGCAUGUAAACCACAGACGCGAUCAGCGAUGGAAUGAUAAAGACUACAAAAAAGCUCACUUGGGAACGCGGUGGAAAGCCAAUCCAUUCGGUGGUGCUUCUCAUGCUAAGGGUAUUGUUUUAGAAAAGGUUGGUGUAGAAGCCAAACAACCAAACUCUGCUAUUCGUAAAUGCGUACGAGUGCAGCUUAUCAAAAAUGGCAAGAAAAUUACUGCUUUUGUACCUAGGGAUGGUUGUUUAAACAAUAUCGAGGAGAAUGACGAAGUUUUGGUAGCAGGUUUUGGUCGUAAAGGUCACGCCGUGGGUGAUAUUCCAGGAGUUCGAUUCAAAGUAGUAAAAGUUGCUAAUGUUUCGUUACUUGCACUUUAUAAAGAAAAGAAAGAACGACCUAGAUCAUAAAAUCAUUGUCAUGUAUUUCUAACAAAUCUGUAAAAGAUUUUUAAAUCAAUUAAUAUUUUAUUAAUUAACCGUUUUAAUUAAUUACUAAUUUACCCGUACCUGUAGAAGCUUUUACUUUUACAAAGGUACAAAAAUACAAACGCAAAGACCGACGUUUUAAAAAACAGUUGAAAGAGAAUUAGUAUUACAAAUCAAUAAGUAUGGAAAUAUGCAUUCUUAACUUCUACAAUAUAUGUAAUAAUAACAUUUUUAAUAAUUUCA